UAUCUAGUCGAUUAGAAGGAGGUGGUUACAUUAUUGUAGGCUCUUUUUUUUUGGUUUUGGUGUUUUUUAGUUAGCUACUAUAUUGUUUUAAAAUAUAAAAAUGUUCAAAAUUGCCCCUAGGUAUUAAAAUAACUAAAAAAAAAAAGAGUGAAACUUUUGGCAAAACCCCCAAAACCAUCAGAAAUGAAUAUUUUCGAGGGUUCUUAUUUUCAUUUUUGGCAUUUUUCAACAUGUCAUUAAAUAAAAAAAUUUAUCGCCAUUUAAAGUAAAUUUCAAAAUUGAAAAUUUAUUUCGAUAAAUCAUUUAAAUUUUUGAUUAACAUUUUCAAAGUUCUGAUCAUUUUUUGAAGUUAAUACAAUUUUUUAAUCAACAGAAAUAUAAUAACUUAAUAUUUUUAUUUAAUAUUUAACUUAAUAAUUUUUAUAAAUUGCUUCUUCCUCCUCAAUAAUCAAUUUUCAAAUAAAUUUCAUCAAUUUUCCGAUAAUCAUGCAGCAAAUAAUUUUCAAAAGUGCCGAGUUUUUGAGAAUGAAGGCCAAACAUCACGCGGAGAUUCAGGCACUUUAUGAACUGUGCGGUAAAAUGAAGGAAAGAGGAGCUCUAGGAAAGCUGAAGAGAACGAUCAACGAAAAAGUGAUAGAUUGGAAUCGGAAUGGAUUGAGGGUCAAAGACUACUAUGAUCUACACGGAAUGACAACCAAUGGGGCUGUACGUUUUGUGUUAGGCAUAGUUGAGAAUAUGCAAUUUUAUGGAAAAAUCAAGCUGGAAACCGGAAGAGGAAAUCACUCGAAGGACAACAUUCCGGUGAUCAAGAACAAGUUGCUGAGGACAUUCAAUUGCCGGUCAAGAUGUAAAAUUUUCGAAGACAAGUUGAAUCCAGGAGUCCUAAUUUUGAGUCUUUGGUGAUUUUUUUAUAAUUUCAACUGAGCACACUGCGUUGGAGUCCCCGAGGAGAAGCCAAGACCCCAGAAAAUUGUGGAGCCAUUUUGGACUUGGAGCCAUACUUGGAGCCGGGGUAGCGCAACUUCAAACGGAUUUUUUUCUAAUUUUAAAGCAAUUUUGUUAUUAACUAUGUAUUUGUUUAUUUAAUAAUCUAUUUUUUGUAUUAAUAAAUUAAUUUU